CUCCUGAAUCGCUGCCUCCUCUCAACUAAACUAAAACCCUACCUUCUUCCUUCUCCCUUCUCCCUUAGCUUCUCUCUCAGCACUCGGCGGCGCGAAGAUGACCGUAGAAGCAGUGAACCCUAAGGCGUACCCGUUAGCCGAUUCUCAGCUAGCGAUAACUAUCCUCGACCUUGUCCAGCAAGCUACGAACUACAAACAGCUCAAGAAAGGAGCUAAUGAAGCUACCAAGACUUUGAACCGUGGUAUCUCUGAGUUCGUGGUCAUGGCUGCCGAUGCUGAGCCUCUCGAGAUUCUUCUUCAUCUCCCUCUUCUCGCCGAAGACAAGAAUGUGCCGUAUGUGUUUGUGCCAUCCAAACAAGCCCUUGGAAGAGCAUGUGGUGUUACAAGACCCGUGAUUGCUUGUUCCGUUACAUCAAACGAGGCUAGCCAGUUGAAAUCUCAAAUUCAGCAGCUUAAGGAUGCUAUUGAGAAGCUCCUCAUCUAAGGUUUUUGGGUGGGGAUAUGAAUGAAUGAUGAGUCUUCCUCCAAAUGAUGGAGAAGGCUUUGAAGUUUUAGCUUAUGAAGAAACGAUGAUUCUACUAUGAGUUUUUGAAGUUUGUAAUGUUUUAUUUUAAAAAAAAUUUCAUAUUGUGUUGCUGCUAAUGUAGUUUUGAACAAGAACAAUAAUUUAUAAUUCGAGUUUUUUAGAUUUAUAAGUUUA